AUGAAGCUCGCAAACGCGUUUAGCCUCCUGUCAGACCUGCGUAUUGCAAUCCAAGUCGCGAUCAUACCAACUCUCACCUCCAUCUUCCAGAAUCCAGGGUUGGUUUUCCGUCCGUAUCAGCUUUCGCGCGUGUUCAUGGCGCAUGUCUGGGCUGUCUUUGGCGACGGCGUGGACACGGGUGGGAAGGAGGUCAAGGAAGGGUUGAUUACGCCAAAUGCCUAUGGCGUAGUCCUCGAUAUCGGUGCAGGUCAUGGACAUACGGUUCGAUACCUCGAUAGAGCCCGAGUGACGCAUUAUGUCGCCCUCGAGCCCAACGAGCUCAUGCACGAACACAUACGUGCACAGGCCAACGCAGCCGGGUACCACGAGUCGGACGGGACCCUCGUCAUCCUCUCCUGCGGUGCCGAAGACGCCACGUCCAUCCUAUCCGCCCUCUCUCAGGCCCUCCCAUCCACCAAUGCUCAGGCUCUCGGGCCCCCGGUCGACACCAUGAUCUCCAUCCUGACACUAUGCACUAUCCCCGAGCCUCAGCGAACCCUGACGAAUCUCGUGCGUGACGUGCUCAAGCCUGAGGGCCAGUUCCUCGUGUACGAGCACGUCCUGAGCCCUCGUGAGGACGUGGCGUGGUGGCAGCGGUUCUGGGCACCGUUGUGGGCUCGUGCGUUCGACGGGUGUAGGAUGGACCGGCCGUCCGACGUUUGGGUGAAGGAGCUGCAGCUCGAUGUGGGCGAUGGGACGGUGGAGAGCGCGUGGCGUGAGUCUGAUGCGUGGGGUAAAGAGGGCGAGGACGAAGAGAAUCUGUUUUGGCACGUUGUAGGGAGGUUCAUCAAACGGUAA